AGUGCAAACUCGAACUCAAAUGAUUCUUUCUAAAUAGAAACACAAACACCCCUACGCCACCAUCUGCACCACCCCCAUCCCUUCUUUCUCUCUCUUGCCGGCUUGUUGCAGAAAAUGGAUGGCGUGAUCGAUAUGCAAACAAUUCCCCUGAGAACCGCCAUAGCCAUAGGCGGCACGGCUGUCGCACUUGUGGUUGCUCUUUACUUCUGGUUUCUCAGAAGCUAUGCCUCUCCCUCUCAUCACAGCAACCAUCUCCCUCCUGUUCCAGAGGUGCCUGGGGUACCAGUGUUGGGGAAUUUACUGCAGUUAAAGGAGAAGAAACCAUACAUGACUUUUACAAAAUGGGCAGAGAUGUAUGGGCCUAUUUACUCCAUUAGAACUGGAGCCACUUCCAUGGUGGUGGUUAGCUCCAAUGAAAUCGCCAAGGAGGUAGUUGUUACAAGAUUUCCAUCAAUCUCAACUAGAAAGCUAUCAUAUGCAUUAAAAGUCCUGACCGAAGAUAAAUCCAUGGUUGCUAUGAGUGAUUACAAUGACUAUCACAAAACCGUAAAACGCCAUAUACUCACCGCUGUCUUGGGGCCAAAUGCCCAGAAGAAAUUCCGUGCUCAUAGAGACACCAUGAUGGAGAAUGUUUCAAAUGAACUACACGCGUUUUUCGAAAAAAAUCCUAAUCAAGAAGUGAACCUCAGGAAAAUAUUCCAAUCUCAACUUUUUGGACUAGCAAUGAAACAAGCAUUGGGGAAGGAUGUUGAAAGCAUAUAUGUGAAGGAUCUAGAAACCACCAUGAAAAGAGAGGAAAUCUUUGAGGUAUUAGUGGUUGACCCAAUGAUGGGUGCCAUUGAAGUUGACUGGAGAGAUUUCUUUCCAUAUCUCAAGUGGGUCCCAAAUAAAAGCUUUGAAAACAUAAUCCAUCGAAUGUAUACCCGAAGAGAAGCUGUAAUGAAAGCCCUUAUUCAAGAACAUAAAAAACGUAUCGCAUCAGGCGAGAAGUUGAACAGCUACAUUGAUUACUUGCUAUCAGAAGCACAAACAUUAACAGAUAAACAGCUUCGUAUGUCUUUAUGGGAGCCAAUUAUUGAAUCAUCAGACACUACCAUGGUCACCACAGAAUGGGCAAUGUAUGAGCUUGCAAAAAAUCCAAACAUGCAGGAUCGUCUGUAUGAGGAAAUCCAAAGUGUUUGUGGAUCAGAGAAGAUCACAGAAGACAAUUUAUCUCAGCUUCCAUACUUAUAUGCUGUUUUUCAAGAGACCUUGAGAAAACAUUGUCCUGUUCCAAUAAUGCCCCUGAGAUACGUCCACGAGAAUACAGUUCUAGGAGGCUACCAUGUCCCAGCUGGAACCGAGGUGGCGAUAAAUAUAUAUGGAUGUAACAUGGAUAAGAAGGUGUGGGAGAAUCCUGAAGAGUGGAAUCCUGAGAGGUUUUUGAGUGAAAAGGAGAGCAUGGACUUGUAUAAAACAAUGGCAUUUGGGGGAGGAAAAAGGGUGUGUGCGGGUUCUCUUCAAGCCAUGGUGAUUUCAUGCAUUGGAAUUGGAAGAUUGGUGCAGGAUUUUGAGUGGAAACUGAAAGAUGAUGCUGAAGAAGAUGUGAAUACACUUGGGCUUACAACACAAAAGCUUCAUCCACUUCUUGCUCUCAUAAACCCUAGAAAAUGAAAAGUUUGUUCUGUUUUGUUUUGUUAGUUACGAAGAAAUCAAUGUUUUUGCAAUAUUUAUAUAUAGAUUAAUAUAUGAGUAUGAAAACUUUCGUUGGUGUCAAGCUU